GAACGCCCCGCGGCUGGCAUUGUUCAGCCUGUGGCGCUGAGAGCUGGCAGGAUGGCGGCAGGUUUGUAAAGGUAAAGGAUGCUCCUGGUUCCUCUGCGGAGGGAGGCUGGAGGUCCUGAAAGUCAGGUAUCAAGUCUCUGGAGCUUUGCACGCUCUACAAACUACUGAAGAUUAGACUGUGGUCAUCAUUUUCCAGAUGGCCACCUCUGCAGAUCUCAAUUGGGAAGAGAACUUAGUAGCACACUGGAUGUCUGAUGCUUCUCGUGCUGGCGUCAUACUAAAUCCUAUGUUCCCUAAUUUGAAAAUCACUAGAGCAAACAGUUUUGAAAAUGCCUCACUGGAUCUUGCAACUAAUUCACCCCACAACUCAAGUAGCACUUCUCUAAGUGAAGACUCUCUGCACAAAGGACAAGCCUUCAGACUUAGCAGUCCCUGUGAGGAUAUGUUGGACACAUCCAACAUUUUAUUCCCAAAUUCUUUAGCUAAGAAGGACAUAAUGCCUGUGGUUCAAGAUAGUCCAGACCCACCAACAGCCUUGCAAACAGGCCUUGAAUGUGGUAAAUUAGAUACUCUGGAUGAGAAAUGUUGCACGGAUCUACUUCUGCAUAAACUUGAGCAGCUCAAAGGACUGCAACAGCACAAGCAAGAGCAACUGAGAAGGCAACAAAUGGAUCAAAUUCAAAGACUAAUGGAGGACCAACAGAAACUACUUUCCAUGGUCUCCGAGCAGCAAACGCAGACUGGUUUUGCUGUAACAGAAGAUGGUAUGAAUCAAAGAUACAUUCAGCCACCUCGUUUGUCCCCCAUGCCAUAUCUUUCACCGCGUUGCCAUGAUGACAGUGCUCAUUUAGACAGUGCUGCUUAUAUUUCUUCUCCUGUUGAACAAAGGGAUUCUCUUGAGAAGUUCAAAAAUGGCCAAGUAUUGAAAGGAAGCCUGUCUGAAAAGGAGUCCUUAGACAUGCCUUUCAAAGUACAGGAUGAUUUGGAGAUUGAAGACCAAAAUGCUAUUACAGGACGAAGUAAUCUGUCCCCAGAGCAAAGUCUUUUGGGAUGUGAAAAUGAUGAUGAUAUUUGUAAAGGCAAAGUAUAUGUAGAGUCUUCCAAAAGUCUUACUGAAGGGAAGUGUCUGGACAGUCUUCAUGCAGAGGAAAGGCCUAUUCUUGCCACUAUUCCAGAGAGAAAACAGACAUUUGAAGAAUUUCUGGAAGAACAGAUACGACUGGAAGAGCAGAGGCUAAGCCAAAAGGGAAAUCUAAAGGAUGCUGGAAUAUCAACUUUCCAUAAACCAGUUGCAAAACGACCCUUUCUAAAGCGAGGUGAAGGUUUAAUUAGGUUUACUAAUUCCAAGUCCAAAAUAGCUAAAGCAAAGGACAGGAAGGUAACUUUUAAUCCAGACAUUUCAGAAGGCAACAGUUUAGUUAAAGUGAAAAAGCCACAGCUUCAUCGGAAAACUGCACCUUCAAAUAAAGACCAAGUUUCUGACAACUUUGUGUCUAAAAAUGCUAAUCAGAAUGCUAAAACAAAAAAGGGUUUUACUGCUCGAAAAACAACAGUGCUCAGAAAUUGUACUGCAAAAGGUAUCCCUUUAUCUACAAGAGAAAACUCAAAUGAAAGGAAACCCGGUGAACAGAGGAAGUCUGUCAGAUCACAAAUAAAUGAUGAAAAAGAAAAUAAUAAAGAAAACAUAAUGGCACUUGCAGUAUUUAAUGAAAUGGACUUGCUACCAGGUGAAAAACCUGAACAGCCACUGGAACCGACUAGAUGCCUUACAAAUUCCUUUGAAAAAGAUCCUGAUUUCUCUUUUGAACUUUCUUUCCAAAGGAAGCUGGAAAACUGGGAAACUGAAAAGGAAAGAGAAAAUAAUGAAUUGGAUGAAUUUUUGUUUCUAGAGCAGGCUGCUGAUGAAAUCUCUUUUGCUAGCAAUUCCUCACUUAUAGUACGGAUUUUGGAUCAAGGCCAACAAAUUUCCACAGGGCACAGACUAUCUUCCACUCCAGUCAAAUCUAGGCAUGAGCAAAUGCAUGUGCUGGAUAUUACAGCUGUGAAUAGCAGAAAUGGAGAACACUGUGAACAAGAUAAUAGUGAGAAAACCAGAGGCUGCCAGGCCCGUGAAACAUUCAGGAAUCAUCAGACUAAAGCUGACAGUAAAAUACUUCAGACUUUUCCCACUGAGGAAUUUCAAGGUUUUAGAAAUACAAGCUGGAAUGAUGAAGAUACGUCUGACAGAAACAGUGAUACGACCUCUGAAUCUGAGGAGGAAUUUGAGACUACCAUAAAGCCUGUGAGCGAGAGAGUUAAAAAGCUUGAUUUCAAUAACAGAGGCAAUGUUCCUGAAUGUUCUGAGUGUGAAGAUAAAGCUGAAGACAUAAACAAAGAAGCUAGUCCUGCUUUACAGGAAAAAGGUUUGUGUAGUGACAAAGCUAAUGAGCCAAACAGAGCUCCUAUGUCUGAAGAUAUUUACUGUGCAAAUAGUAUAAUUGAAUUUGAUGAUGAAACAUCAUGGUCAGACUUUGAAGAGAAUGGGAAUCGGUGUAAUGAAGUUGAAAACGGUGACCUGGUUAUCCAAGUGCCUCUGUCCUCUGUUGGCUCUGCCAAGAAUGAGUCAUUUUUCCCAGAUAAAGUGAUAAAGAGGAAGAUUGCUAUGGUGAAGAAAGGGGAUGUGAUAACUAAGCAAAGUGUAACUGAUAGUGAGGUAAUGGCACCUCCCACAACAGACCUGAUGCUGAAACUCUUUCCCUCUCUGAAACCCAGACAGAAAGUGGAUGCAGAACCAAAACAUGAUGCCAAACCCAGAAUAGCUCCAGAAGAAUCAGGCGGAGAUUCUGCUCGUUCCCAGCUCUUGAAAGAGAAACUUGGUGAAUUGGAAAUGGAAAUUGAAAAAUUUAGGGUAGAAAAUGCUUCACUUACAAAGCUUCGAGAAGAGCGUGAAAAUGCUAUGGAAAAUCUCAGGAAACAAAUUGAAGACUUUGAACAACAGAAAAUAAAAGAACUAGCUCAAAUAGAAGAAUUUAAAAAAGAAGAAACUCGAAAACUACAAAAAGAACGUAAAGUUUUUGAGAAAUAUGCACAGGCAGCUAGAGCCAUCCCAGAUAAAAAAGAACGUGAUGAAAUUCAGGCUUUGAAACAGCAAAUGACAGCCCUGCAGGGAGAUCUAAAAAGAAGAGAAGCAAAAUGGUCAACAACCCACAUGCGCCUCAGAGACCAGAUAGAGGCCUUAACCAAAGAGAAUAUGCAACUACGGGAAGAAAUCAAAAUCAUGGAAAGAUGCCGUUUGGAGGCCUGGAAGAGAAAAGAAGCAUCUGCAAACAAGAAGAAAGCAGAUGGUUGUAGUUAUACAAAGAGAACAGAAUCUAUUCACCCCUCAGCCAUAUUGCAGAAAAGUCAGACAUUUUCAUCAGUUCAUCAAACAGAAAAGAAUAGCAAGACAAAUGGCAAAAGUGAUUCCUCAACAGAAGGAAGACCACUUGCAAAACCUAAACUAGCAGCAGCACAUAAUGAGAGUUCUUUAGACAAUACAACAAAGCCUUCCGAAGAGUCCUCCAAGACCUUUAUGGUAAUAAGUAAAAAUUUACCUGCCACUGGUAUGGUUGACUCAGCACCAGGAAUCACUUCUGAUUCUUCAGAUAGUGAAGAUGGAAUAGUAGAGAGAGAAGCAACCCACCCUGAUGGAAAGGUUGAAAAGGUUUUUAAAAACGGUUGCCACCUUAUUAUCUUCCCUAAUGGCACACGGAAAGAAGUAAGCUGUGAUGGAAAGAUUACAACUGUAAGCUUUUUUAACGGGGACAUAAAACAAAUUCUGGAAGAUCAGAGAGUGGUAUACUAUUACGCAGAUGCCAAAACAACCCACACCACAUAUCCCACAGGUUUGGAGGUUCUCCACUUCUCCAAUGGACAAAUAGAAAAGCAUUUUCCAGACGGAAGGAAAGAGAUUGUAUUCCCUGAUCAAACCAUUAAGAAUGUGUUGACGGAUGGACGAGAAGUAAACAUUUUUCCUGAUGGCACCACUGUCCGCAUACAGCAGGAUGGAAGUAGGAUUAUAGAGUUCAGUAAUGGGCAGCAAGAAGUACAUACAGCCCACUUCAAGAGGCGCGAGUAUCCUGAUGGCACCAUCAAGACAGUGUAUGCAGAUGGACGCCAAGAGACUCAAUAUGCUUCUGGUCGAGUAAGAGUUAAAGACAAGGAUGGCCAUGUUAUUAUGGACACUGUACCAUAAAUGUGUGCUUCAUCUUAUUUAUGUUUUCUUUUUAGCUUUUUCUAAACACUACCCUAAUCUCGCUUGUAAAAACUAUUUGUAUAUAGGCAGUAAAAUUGUUUUGUCAAUAAAUUUUUAAAGAAUUGA